CCCGGACAAGUAUCCUUCCUCAUUCUGCUUCAGUGUUUGCUCGCUCCGCAGCCAUGGCAUUACUCGAUUGAGAACGUUCGGCAUCAAAGGCGCUAAAGGCGCAUUCUUGCGUGGCUAAUGUUCUACACUGCUGUCGCGGCAUGGGGAAGACCAACUCCGUGUGUCAUAAGACCAAGUCAGGAUGCAUCGCGCCUCGGUCUUGUUAUAUAUAUGACACACGCCCUAUAGCCUCCAUCAUAUCCGAUAGUGCAAACGAGUUUCUUGCUCAACAUCAUUUUCACAACUUUGUAGGGAUGUGUCCAGCCCUUAGAUUGCCAGCCUUGUGACGCAUGCCACCGCAUGCAUGUUGAAUGCAUCCCCUGCCCGAUAAAGAUUUCAAAUGCGGUCAAAAAAUCGACCAGAGCUCGGGAGUGUCUGGAGGAGGUCAGGGCCUUGACUUCAGGCGACCCCACAUGUGUUGAGAUAGAACGCGAGAGUUCCUUUCAUAUCAUUUCGCCGACAUUGCCAACCACAACCCAUGGAUGGGUAAACCAAGUGGAGACUAUUUCAGCCAUCGAGGGAUCCCCCAUCAUAGUUCCACUGGCAAACGAACUCGGAAAUGUGCCACUUACCAAUGCUCCUGCAGCCUUCUACCCACCUUCUACCUUGGGAUUAUACGAAUACGUCGGGAACAUCGACCAAUCGUCCGUCUUGGAUUUUGGUUCAGUCCCCUAUCCUGCAGCUAGCUCUUCUACUCGACCAUCUACUGCGUUCCAUUCACAAUCACAUGCCUCCCCUCACGAAACUCGUGGUGAGACUCUGGGAAAUGCUGCGAGUUGGAACGAGGAUGCUCUUGGAGUAUGGGAUACUGCCUCAUCCCUCGCGGAGCGGCCAUUCCCGAUGGUGGUGCUCUUGUAUAGGGGAAUUCCUUUGAGGCGAUUCUCUGUGCCCUUUCUUGAAACAUCAUCAAUGGUUUGGAAAUUUGUAAAUUCUGUGCUACCUUGAAUCUUCGAGUGCUUUUACAGACUCGCGAUGAAUGUACUUGUUUUCAACCCCUGUGCCUGCAUGUUUGCUAAUAUAUAUAUCCGACUGACU